UGUUUUUUGGUUGGUCAGCUGAAGCUCCUCCUCAUCCAGUCAUGUUGUGGGCGUGUCUGCUGCUCAGAGUUUCACAUUCAUUUCCUGUGUUAAGGGGCAGCAGAGACGACAGAAUGAAGACGAGAAAUAGAAUCAUUAGUGAUGACGAAGAAGAAAGAGAAAAAGAAAACAACGGCGGGGGCAGGAGAAAUAACCAGAGGAAAAGAAAGAGAAUCAGUUACAUUGAAGAUCAUUAUGCUGAUGAAGGAGGUAGGGAGGAAGAUGAGGAAGACAACGAGCAGCUGGGCCCAUCUGCCCAGAGCACCCGACACCAAAGGGCGCAAGUAAAUCGCAUGCAUGUGACCUGUGGAGGCAAAGAGGGCAUCCUGGACGUAGAGAAGCUGGGCAGGAGUGAGGACUGUAUUCAGUGUGAAAGCCACUGGUUUUCUCCGUCUGCCUUCGAGGACUUUGCAGGUAAAGGCUUCUGGAAAAAAUGGAAAUCAACCAUUUUCCAUAAAGACAAACCUCUGCAAACUUUGUUUGAGAAAGGAAUAUUAACCACUCAGGGAUACAACAGGAGAAGAACUGACACCACGAAGCCCAAGAAUUUCCUGUUGUCGAUUUCAGAUUCAGAAAGCUCCUCUGAAGUAAUAGAAAUACAAUCUGAAGAAGAAUUGGAGGACGAUGAUGUUCUAGACGAAGACUGGGUUCCGAGCAGGGAAGAACUGGUGCCGGAGCUAGAGAAGGGAGAGGAAGAGGAGGAAGAGGAGGAAGGGGCUGAUGGAGGAGAAGCUGAAGAUGAGGACGUGCCAGCUGUGACUGAUAACGGCAAAGCCAACAAUGUUUUUGAAGAAAUGGAAACACAUUUGAUCCUUUCAACAUCUGCGAGAAGUGCUCUGCAGCCAGCUGUGGUUGUCCUGAAGAGGCUCAGAAAGACCGAGAGUGACCGACAGUCCAGCUGCACACAGCAUUCACAAGAGAGUUGGUGUCAGCCGCUGGAAGAGGGAACACAGAGUGAAGAGGAGAGAGAGCACGACGGUUCAGCAAUAGACGACGUUUACACCACAGCAAACAUACAAACCGACACCUGCCAGAUGUCAGGUAUUCAGGAAGAAAGAAGUAAAAGAGAUAAAGGAAAAGAUGGACAGACAGAAAUCAAGACUGAAACGGGAAAUUCUCCGAGAUCUGCAUCAGCUACUUCGUCCAAACCUGACACCGUUAAUAAACCUGUAGACACUCCAUCCAUCAGCGGCCACACUGCCAACGCCUCCGUCACUGGGACACAAACAGGUUUUGCUAGCGACAUGAUAAAGCAUUGUGGGAAAAAGGAGGAAGAACAGAAGAGAAAAGAGCAUCUUGACACGUCAAGCUCUGAAGCCGACGUUCAACCCUCUGCAACUGUAAACGUCCGAGACGCAACCUCAAACACAACGACCACACAGGACGAAAGCACAGAAGCAACGAGAGAUUCCACUAAACCUCAGAGAGCGCCGGUUGAUGACCCGGGACACACAGGUGCCACAACCUGCGGCCGUGAUGAGGCACAAUUACAAGUGAUGAAUCAAGACACAAGAGAUCCGCAAACAGCCCGAGCCUCGGACACGGAGGGGGGUCCGUCCUCUAGACGCUCCGCUAGCAUUAAUCUGGACACACUGGAUCUUGAUCAAUUAAAGCGAGAGAAAAUAAAAAUGCAAAUGAAAGUUUUAAAACUACAAGAGGAAUAUUACACUCUGAAAAUUCAGGAAUUUAGAAAGUAAAGUUGUUUAUGUUUAGGUUGACAGUCACUUAUGGACGAAGUGGGACAAGCAUUAUUCACACCUAUUGCUUCAUUAUAAACGACAGGUUACUCAGGAAUCACGGAGUUUGUUGUUCACUGCUCCACCUUAAAGGACAGUAUGUCAUGUGAUUUUAAUGAAUUUACAAAAAGCAUUUGAUGCUGUGGCUUUGUAUCCAUCAGCACUGAAAUGGUUUUCUUCAUACUUACAAAUAUACAUUUACAAUAUAUAUAUAUAUGUACAUACAUAUACACAAGUAUUGCUUGGAAUGAUUUUUAUUGUUGGUUUUAUUGAUGAUGGUACACAUUGUGUUUUUUAUAUGGAUGUAAUUGUAGAACGAUAUGACUGACUUACCUGGACGGCUGCAUCAGAGCUGUUGUUUUUACAUAAAGGAAGGAUGAUGGGUCUUUGCUGUGUUGUCCUUGGGUUCUCUCUCUCUCUCACCAUGAUGAGACUCCCUCAGUGGGCGGUGCUUGCUGUUACCUCAAAAGCAAGUGGUGAGCCGUCGGCAGGAAAUCCCAACACACCUUUCUGUGGAAGGUGUGUGCAUGUCUUUGCCCGAGCACCACCUCUGUGCUGUUGUGUUGUUUUUUCUAGAGCUGAACACUUUGCAGAUUUGUUUCCUACUCUGCAGAAAACACUACAACACUGGGAUGAGGAUGAUGAACAUUUGAAAAAGAGAAAUGGGUGUGCUCUGACUCUGAAAACGAUAAGUAAACUAGUGUAUCAACAGAGUCAUGCUUUUAUGUUUUAUGAGAAAACCUGACUCAACGUCUGGUGACAACAGGAGUUUACUGUUUCAUUACACAUGACAAGGACACGAAUCAGCUGUCACUGAUGUCAAUAUUAAAAUGUUUUGGAAUAUC